AUGGGACACCACACCAGGGGACCUGGAGGGCCAUGGGACACCACCCCGGGGGACCUGGAGGGCCAUGGGACACCACCCCGGGGGACCUGGACGGCCAUGGGACACCACCCCGGGGGACCUGGAGGGCCAUGGGACACCACCCCGGGGGACCUGGAGGGCCAUGGGACACCACCCCCGGGGGACCUGGAAGGCCAUGGGACACCACCCCGGGGGACCUGGAAGGCCAUGGGACACCACCCCAGGGGACCUGGAAAGCUAUGGGACACCACCCCGGGGGACCUGGAGGGCCAUGGGACACCACCCUGGGGGACCUGGAGGGCCAUGGGACACCACCCCGGGGGACCUGGAGAGCCAUGGGACACCACCCUGGGGGACCUGGAGGGCCAUGGGACACCACCCCGGGGGACCUGGAAGGUCAUGGGACAGUACCCCGGGGGACCUGGAGAGCCAUGGGACACCACCCCGGAGGACCUGGAGGGCCAUGGGACACCACGCUGGGGGACCUGGAGGGCCAUGGGACACCACCCCGGGGGACCUGGAGGGCCAUGGGACACCAUCCCGGGGGACCUGGAGGGCCAUGGGACACCACCCUGGGACCUGGAAGGCUAUGGGACACCACCCCAGGGUUUGGAGAGAGAAGAGAGUCUUAGGUCCAGCCUGUGCCACACCCACCCCAAGAGGCGGCACUAG